AUGACAGGCAACCUGAGUGCUGACUUUGAUCCAACGGCGCAUGUGACUGAGGUCACUGGGCCUUCUGAGUACGUUUGUGUUUUCGGGAGGUGGAUGCGACGACCCUCCCAAUGCGCACCUGAAGCUCCUAAGCCCGACUUGCAGCAAAAGAAGAGGAAGCGCCAGCAUGCCAGCCAUGACAGGGAGAAGCCCGAGCAUGGUUGCGUGCGUGAGGCGCCCAGAGACAAUACUGCGGAGAAAACGCAAGACGACGGCAAAAGACGCCGUUGCGCUUCGCACCAAAAGAAGCUUGUUGAGUUCAACGCUGAGCAGGCAGAAGUGAAAGCCGAAAAAUCGGCAACGCCGCAACGCCAAGCCUCUGCGAGCCCAUGCGCAGAUGGUCUAGAUUUUGCCAUUGCAAAGGCAGAGAAGGGCAGGGCAUCGAUGGUAGCAACCUGGAAGAAGCUGGCAAACGGCAAGGGGAAGCCCUUUGUGGAGCGUUCCGAGCUUGCAGGACCACCCGGGCUGGACCGGGAGCUGUUCAACCACCACUUCCAGAGCUGGCUGUCUGAACGCGGUCUGGAAGACGCAUUGGAACGCGACCCAAAGAAGGAUCCUGCACCUGCUGAACUUGCUGACUGCAAACCGAACUUCCCGUGCUUGUACUACAAGUACAAGGCCCCAAGAAUUCCCGACACUGCUCAAAUACAGCCUGGCCCUAAGUGGAAGCGGGCCUACCACGGGACGUGGUUCUACGGCCUCAGAAGCAUUUUGCGCCAUGGGGUGCUACUGGAAUCGAAUGACAAGGGGAAGGGGCACGAGUUCAGUGAACCUGGCCUGUGCGUGGCUCCUGGCUUGGCCAAGGGCAUCUGGUUCGCAAGGCCUCACGCUGUCUUUGAUGAUGGUCUCUUCCACAGAGCCAUCAUCGAAGUCGCUUACGACCCCUCCCAAGCAACCCAGAAACGCAACAAAAAAAAGAACGCAAACAUCACUGUCAGCAGCGAUGCUGUGGCCAUCACUGCCGUAAUAAUCCAGCCCAACUCCCAUGUGAGCGCCGGAGAGGAGCGCUUCACAGGCUGGGAUGAAGAGCUCGAAAUCAUCCCACGUAUUACGAAGCCGUCAAGCAUGCGAACGCCAGAGGCAGCAAGCAAAGCAGCGCUUGAGGCGGAAGGCCAGCUGAAAAGGGAGCGUCGGCACCUCGAGUACGAGGCGCGUCGGGAGACCUAUGCUCGUCGAGCGGAGGAAGCCUGGCGUGAGCGCGAUGAGCUGCGUCGUCAGCAUGCCCAGCGAGAGGAAGAGGCCCGGCGUAGACGCCGGUCUUUGUCUCCACCAG